UAGGGAUUGUAAAGCUGCACCAAUCAAUAUUUUUAUGUUGAUGCGAGUAUGUUAAUGUGAAAGAGGUCACUCAUCAUAACAAAAUCCAUAGUACAUUAAAACGAUGGCAGGCCCUCUCAGUUCUAUUGAGCAUUUUGGUGUCUUUCAGCAUUUGUUUUGGUUUUAUGGACAGCAGCUUUACUAUUUGGGUUCAGUUUUGCCGCUGUUUUUAGCCCAAAAGGAAAAAAAAAAGCCACUGUACACUGCCUGCCCAGCAUUUAUCAAUACACACAAUAUGAUGUCACCAUUUCAUAUGCUGGGGCUAAUAAGAUGGCCCUGUCCCCUCUGAAAUCAACCCCAGUCCGACUUUACCACCACAAUACUACUUUAUACACAAUCAUCACAUGUGUGUGCCUAUAUUACAGAGUUACAUAAUUUGUCUUUCUCCAAUGAAAUGGUGCACUCCAGUACAAAACAGUUGAUACCCUGCCAACUCAGCAGGCUUCAUAUCUACAUUGUAUGUGUUCAGCUGUGUUGGUUUGAUGAACCACUCCAUCAGAAUGUCAAAGUCUCCUGCAAAGCAUCAUACACCAGCAGAAUUAUACACCUUUAGACUUUGAACUCUUACCAGAUGACCUUGUUUUUCUAACUGAACAAGAAAAGGUCCUUCAACUCCUGAGGAAUAUGUCAGUGAGCAUACUGUAGUACUGGACUUUGGUGACUGAACAGUCAGAGAACAACACACAGAGAGUGAAAGGGGCAUGUCCCUCCAUUUUCUGUGGAAAUGCAACCCAUCUCUCCCAGCAAGUCACAUCCAACCUGUGGCUGUAAAUGGGAGGAGCGACAGAGACAGAGAGAGGGGCAGAAUGAGAAAACGCGGCGUCAGAGUGACAGACAGAAACACAGAAAAAGCACAGGAUGUUAAGUUUUGGUAGAUAUAAAUAUUACUGCAUCAGACAGCGUCAACAUUUUCCUCUGAAGUAAAGAAAUGAGUAUCUUUCAAAUUCCAUCAAUCCAUCUCUCCACACAAUUCCAAGUUCCAGUCCCCCCAACAGAAACACAUCCCAUAAUACAGUGUAUUAUUAACAACAACCUCAAGAAGCUCAAAAAAAUACUUAAGGACAACAACAUUAAUGACGUUUAUCCAUGCAGAGAGAGGAAUGACUACAUAACCCCACUGACUGCUGCUGUUGUAAAUCACAACAGAGAUAUUUUUACUUUCCUUUUGCAACAAGGUGCAGACCCAAACAAGGCUUCCCAAAAUAACUUAACACCUUUGCAUUAUGUCUCAAUAUCCAAAGCACCACUCUUUUUUGUGGAGAAACUGCUUGAAGCAAAAGCUAAUCCAAAUGGAUCAAAUACCAAAAAACGAAUCACACCACUGCAAACUGCUGCCAUCAGUGACAGGGAUGAUGUCAUGAAAGUGCUCAUAUCUGCUGGUGCACCGAUACCACUGUUGCCUGUCACUGAUCCUGAACAAAAUAUUCACAAUGAAAAAAUAUCUCAGAUGGUUCAUAACCUUGCAUCAAAUGGAAAUAAGUUUUGCUCCAAGAUCAGAUAUUUUAUGGAUGUGGCAAUUGCAGUGCGAGGGAAACCGCUCGAAGAAGUGUUCAAAACUUUUCACAGUCACAUGCUGCUGGAGGAUCCCCAGAACCGUCUUGCAAUGAUUGAAGUACUCUUUAAUGUAAAUGGGCUGGAUGCAGAAAAAUACCGCCAGGCAAGUAUUAAAUGGCUGAAGGACACUGGCAACCUGAACUCCUACAUUGCAGGUGCAGUCAGUCGUUUCCCAAACAUUCCCCAGGAUUAUGUCGUUCACGCAGUUUCCAGUUUACAUGCAGUUUUCUGCAAAGUGGAAGACAUACCAAAUGAGCAGGCUUUGGCUAUAAUCCCCCAUCUACUGAAACAGCUUGGCUCAAAUAAGAGACAUGAUACAUGUCAACUUGCUCUGCAAACACUAUAUGUGUUAACACAGAAGACAAAAGACACAAAUGGCUGGGAUCCCAACUUCGUUGAGAAGUUAUGCCAAACAGUUGCUCCUUUUAUAAAGGACCAGCACUCCUCUGACAUCAGAGUCUUCACAUACGGCAUAUUUGCAAACUUACUUUAAGUUAAACAUGCGGCCAACAUCUUUCCAUCAGUGGGGAUAACUUCAGUACCUGAGGACAUACUGACAUCUGCAGACAUGAAAAUGAAUGACAAGCUGAAAGAGGUGCUCAGACGACUGAAAGAUCAAUUCAGCAAACCAAACUCAGAAUGUGAAGACUCUAAAGCAUCACCUGGAUCCAAGAAAAAGAAGAAAAAGAAGAAGAAAAAGAGGGGAAAGACAGAAAAGCAAGAAAAAACAAUCGAUAAAGUUUGCACUGCCACAACUGAUCAAACAGCAACUCCUGUCAUGGAAUCAACUUAAAAUGUGAAGCCAUUCCACAUCAACACCACCAUGUCAUCAAUAAAACACAAAUGGCUACAAAUCAGCAAGAGGUGGAGAGUACAACUGGAAAAACUUCUGAGCACUGAUGAAAGUAAAGUCACCAGAGUUGGGAGCAUGAUUUAUGUGAACAAUGCAGAGUUCCGCAUAGCGAAGGGAAGUGAUGGCACUGAAGUUUUCUUGGGGCUGAGAGAUGACGGCACUGAAGUUGCUAUUAAGAAAAUGACUAAAUGCAACUAUCAGGAGCUGAAGAAUGAGGAAGGAUUCCUGCGACUUCCAGAGCUGGAUCAUCCAUCUAUUGUGCGAUAUGUUGACAUUGCAGAGGAUGAGAACUUUGGAUAUCUUGGUCUUCAACUGUGUGAAUACACCCUGGAAGAAUGCAUAAAAAAUAAAUAUGAUUGGCUGCUGAGGAAGAGUCUUGUGUAUCAGGUCCUUGAGAGUUUAAGGGUGCUUCAUGGUCAAAGUCCUCCAAUUCUCCACCGGGAUCUCAAACCACAGAAUGUUUUGAUAGGUAAGACAAGUUCAAAAUACACUGAAAUGAUGGAUUCCACUGUCUGAAAUUCAGGAAAAAUCUUUAUUAUUGUACUUAAUUUGUUUCCUGAGUUUAUCCCCCUGAUUUGUUCUGCAGAUGUUAAUGGGAGGGCAAGAUUAGCUGAUUUUGGCAUAAGCAGACGUUUAGCCAAAGGACAAACAACUUAUCGCACAGGCAGUGCAGGAACAAGAUGCUGGAUGGCCAAGGAAACUUUGGCAGAUGAUAGCGACAUACCUUACAAGUCGAACACUGAUAUACAGGUGGCAGGGAUGCUCACUUAUUAUAUCCUCUCUGGAGGACACCAUCCUUUCGGUGACAAAACUCAAAAAUGAGAGAACAACAUUGAUAAAGGGAAGUACAGUUUGGACCAUGUUCAAGAUGUGGUAGCAAAAGAUCUAAUUGAGGGGAUGAUCCAUGAAGAACCAAAGAACAGACCUAAAGUGGAGGAAUGCUUGAGUCAUCCAUUCUUCUGGACCUCUGAAAGGAAAGUUGAAUACUUGAGAAAGAGUGGAAACAGGAAGGAGGUUGAAAACUGUCGAAAUGCUGACCAGGAACUGAUCUCUUCACUGGAAAAAUGUGCUGAGGAUGGAUCCUUCAAACAGUGGAAAGAUAAGUUUCCACCACAGUUGGUCCAGAAGUUGGAUGGCAAGAAGAAACCCUAUCCUGCAAACACACUGGGAUUACUGCGCUUCAUACGAAACCUCCAUGAGCACUAUGAGGAAGAUGCAGCCCAAGUUGAUGUGAUGACGAUGUUUCCUGAUCUCUUUGGAUCUGUUUACAAGUUUGCCAAGACCCGAGGGUGGAAUUCAGAGACACCCUUAAAGCAACUGUUUCAGAGAGAAGACAUCACCACCAGCUUCACAAAGCUGUCCAUAAGUCCUGAGGAGCACCUGACUGUCCCAGUUCAAGAGUCUCUUCCCAGUGACUUGAAGUGAAGUUGAAAUCAGAAAGGAAAUCCACAGUUGCCACUAAUGACCUUAACAAUGGCUACCUUCUGUUCAAGUGUCCCACUUAAAUGAUGUGCGUGAACCAUCAUGAACUACACCAGGAUGCUGAAACUGAGGCAGCUAAAUGGAACUCAACCAUCAUUCAUUUUAUUAUUUACAUCUGUGUUUUUUUCUACUGUGACGUGUCAACAUGACCUCUGUGAAAUAAGAACGCAAGGUUGGCAUGUGUAUUGUACAUAAAUGCUCACAGUAAUAGUAAGUUUGUUAAGUUUUGGUUUCUGGUUGGACCCCAAAGCAGAGAUGGAUUUCAUUUUCGUUUCUUGAGCUGGUCUUUACUGCACUUCAAAUAGGGGCACUAGCUCACCUGGGAGAGCAGGCGCCUCAUGUACAAAGGCUGUGUCCUUGCCACAGCAGCAACGUGCCAUGAUCCUGGGUUUGUAUAUAUUGUGCUAUCCUAUGGACUUUGUUUAGGAGUUUCUUUUUGUGUUCUUUGUUUCAUGUUAUCUAUUAAUUUUGAAUCUGCUUCCUGUUUUAUUUUGUAAAUUCUCUCCAUGUGUCGUAUCCGGUUUUACUUCCUGUCUUUGUGAGUUUUAGCGCCAGUUUUCUGUCAAACCUGUCUCGUUAGUCUUUCCCUGUUCCUAGAGUAUUCCCUUCACACUUGUUCUGUAUUAGUCUUGUUCUCUUCACCCAAGUGUUCCCCUCCACACCCUUGUUGUUAGCCAAUCUCCAUUUACCUCCUUUUGCCCAUGUCGUCCGAAUCCAGCUGUCUCGUUCUUGUGAUUAGUUUUUUGUGUGUAUAGAUAUAUAUAUACCUGUGUGCUCUUUGUCAGUUCGCCUCUGUUCCUCCCAUGUUCAUCCCGAGUUCAACCCUGCGUUAUUCCUGUGCUCGUCCCUGUGUUGUCGAUGUUGUCAUUGUAUUUUUCCGGAUUGGUUUUUCUGUUUCUUUUUUGGUCCGCUUUCAUUUGGACUUUCAGUUACCUGCUGAAUCUGGAUGGGGUGUUUUUUUCCAGCUGUAUUAAAGCUUGCAUUUUGGUAAAA